GAAGUUGGAAAAAAAAAGAAUCCAGCCCAAUGAAAAUUGCUUUGAAAAAGUUAAAUGAUUCACAGAAUAUAUCAGUUGAAUAUCUAAAUAAACUUAAAACAUAUUGGAAUUUACAAAGGAAAGAUUCAAAAUAUUAUGGAAUAACAAAAGAUUCAGAAACAAAGGAAUUUAUGAUGAUUAUUGAAUUUUCAGAAAGAGGAAGUUUAAGAAGCAUUCUUUCUAAUGAUUUUAGCAAUAUUUUAUGGAAAGAUAAAAUUAAUUGCUUAUUUAAAUUAUCAUCCAACCUUCAAAAAUUACACAAAUUAGAAUAUAUCCAUAAAAAUUUUCAUAGUGGAAAUGUAUUAUAUAAUGAAGAUAAAGUUAUCUAUAUUUCAGAUUUUGGAUUAUUAGGACCAUCAUAUAGACAAAAGGUAGAUGAUGAAGUAUGUGGUGUGCUACCAUAUAUUGCACCGGAAGUAUUAAAUGGAGAACCAUAUACAUUUUCUUCUGAUAUCUAUAGUUUUGGUGUAAUUAUGACAGAGUUAUCAUCUGGAAAACCUCCUUUUUAUAAAAGAAAACAUGAUAUUAACUUGGCAUUGGAAAUAUGUAAUGGACUCAGACCAGAAUUUGGAAAGGGAACUCCUGAAAUUUACAAGAAAUUAGCUCAUAGAUGUAUGAACGCUAUUCCAAAUCAAAGGCCAACAGCAACUGAAUUGACUAAAAUUUUAGAUUAUUGGCAUGAUUCUUUACAUGUAAAGACAUACGAUAAAUUUGGUUAUAAAGGAGAGGAAAUUAUGACCAUGUUUGAAAAAGCUGAUAAAGAGAUACCAAAUAUUUUAACUUCAUAUGAAACGAAUCCCGAUGCUAUUUACACUAGUAGAGUAUUUACAUUUAACAAUUUAUCAAAACCCAUUAAUUCACCUGUUAUUACUUCAUAUCUGAAUGAUGAAGGAGGCAAUGAAGGUACAAAUUAUAUUCUAGAUUUUUUUAUUAUCAAGCAAUAA